GCAACCAUGGGAGGAGCGACCAUUAGGUGUACCGUUACUUAUCCAACUCUUGUAAAUAGUUGCUUAGACCGACUCCUGAACUUGAACCUUCCAAUUCUAAAGCUUUGACCAUGAGCGCUGAGGACGAGAAGGCUCAGGCCGUUGCCGACGAGAAAAUGCAGGAGGAGAAGCCCAACACCACUAAGAAGGCGGAAGGGGCCUCGCGCAAGCGUCGGUCGGAGGUCACUGCGGACGAUGCUGCCCUGGUCUCUGGCCCUCGUCAGCGCAAGAAGGCGGAUCACUUCUCGGUUGAAAUUAAGGAGAAAGCGGAGUUCGUGAUCAAGCCGGGCAAGGGCACCAAGCUCGGCGAGAUUCCUAACGUGCACUUCCUGGUUGGCAAGCUGAAGACGGACGAUGAGGUGCUGACCACGCUGCACAGCCUCCUCUUCAAGCGCCCUGGCACGGCGAACCGGCGCAAGAAGAACGUGUACGAGUUUUCGGGCUUCGCCUUUGAGGAGGAUGAGAAGGACAAGGAGCAUGAGAAGGCUAAGGAGAAGCUCGGCAAGCUGACCAUCAAGGUGCUGGACGGCAUCCUGGACGUGUUUGAGCUGCCUCGGGGCGCCGGCGACGAGGGCAAGAAGGAGUCAAAGAUUGAGCGGCUUAUGAAGUUCCUGGAGUCGCCCAAGCAGCUGUCCGACAAGGACCUGGCGGCCGCGGAUGCCAAGAAGAAGGAGAAGGCCAAGAAGGAGCGCGAGAAGGCCAAGACCCCCAAGACGACCCCCAAAGCCAAGAAGGGCGACUCCGCCAAGAAGUCGAAGAAGGAGGAGAGCGAGGAGGAUGAGGACGACGAGGAGGGCGAGGAGGAGGAGCCGGAGGAGGAGAAGCCCAAGGCGAAGAAGGCGAAGAAGGAGGAGCCCAAGAAGAAGGAGGAGCCCAAGAAGAAGGAAGAGCCCAAGAAGAAGGAGUCCGCAAAGAAGGAGGCACCCAAGAAGGAGGCGAAGCCCGCCGUCAAGAGUGCCGGCAAGAAGAAGAAGGCGGAGGAGGAGGCCGCAAAGGAGGACGACAAGGAGGAGGAGGCAACCGGUCUCCCCACUGAUGAGGAGAUUGAGAAGGCCACCUUGGAAGAGCUUGCAGUGUCGGAUGUGGCGAGCACGACCGUUAAGCAGCUGCUGAAGAAGCUGGGGGAGAAGCUGGGCGUGAACCUGGCGGGUAAGAAGGACUUCGUCAAGCGGCUGGCGCUCGACUACGCCAAGAAGCACACGGUGCCCGGUGAGGGGGACGCGUCGCCAGCGGACAAGGCCGCAAAGGAGACGGAGCCUGCGAAGGAGGAGGAGGUUCCGAAGGAGGAGCCUGCCAAGGAGGAGGAGAAGGAGGAGGAGGAGGAGCCUGCCAAGGAGGAGGAGGAGCCUGCCGAGGAGGAGAAGGAGGAGCCUGCCAAGGAGGAGGCUCCCAAGGAGGAGGCCAAGGCUGUGGAGGAGGACAAGAAGGAAGAGCCCGCCACGGAGGAGGCAAAGGUGGCAGAAGCGACCGCGGAUGCCGGGAAAGACACGGAGAUGGCGGACGCGGACGAGAAGGAGAUCGCCUAGAUAGCACGCAAAGAUGAGCCGAACGUGAGUAUGCGAGUUGGAAACCUACUGACAUGCUAGGUAUAGAUAGCUGUGACGGACUCCCUGUGUUGCAAAUGGGGCUCAAUAUCUGUGGCUGUUCCGAUGUUCAAGUCUGGCAGAAGUCAGCCUUAGUCAUGUUGACCACGGCCUAUGGCAGUACUGCACGCAAGACACAGGCUAGGCUGCCGGUGGGCUGCUGUUUCACGGACACUUGAAUGGAGCCAUGCGGACUCGUGAUGGGGUUGGACUGUGUGUGGUGGACCGUGCUAUGUUGCACCAAGGACAUGAAUGAACGUCGUGCUCACAACCUUGUACACACACACACACAUGUUGCACCGAGCCGCAUCAACAUGCUCGCUCGAAGCCUCACACGAACACGGUUGCCUUGAUGCACUCAUAUCAUUAACGUGCGUUGCGGAACUAAUGCGUACGUAGACCACUCAUAUGGCAGUUGACCAGUGUAGAAACGAGACUGACAACUGAGUCGAGAUGGAACGGUCUUGACUGGCGCAUUGAUGUUGCGAUGCUACACGUUAUUGGGCCUCGCUCACUCCACAGCGCCACCCUCAGAGAAGCCCCAGAGAGACCGUCUUACUAUCGUAGUACAGCAUACCCUGCGCCACCAGUUCAGUGUACAGUCGGAAGGCAUCGGAACGCCUGCCUUCAGCAAAUGCCCUCUUCCACUGCCUGCUAUCUUCAACCAAUACCUCAAGCAGCUCUCCUCGGCCGCGCUCAGCUUCCUGCUUUCGAUUAUCUCCGAUGCAGCAAUUGAUACCCCUCAAUUUCCGCACCC